CCCGGCGGCGGCAGCAGCGCGACUCAGCAGAGCGCAGGCGGCGGCGACGGGUGGGAGCCGCUUUGGGCUCCGCUCCUCACCGGGACGAGCCCCUGCCGGCGGACCGCCGCACCGGGCAGGAAGGGGUGGAGCGGCCGAGCGGAGCUUACGGGCGGGGUGCCGCAGGCGGGCAGGCACCUUGGCCAUGCUGAAACCGAGCGGGCGAGCGGCGCCGCUCCUCCCCUGAGCGCUCCCCAUGGAGCGGCUGCCCUGCCAACCCUGAGACGGCCGUCCCGGCCGCUCGCCCGCUGCUGUCCCCAAUGGAGCCCGAGGAGCGCAAGAUCUCCGUGUGGAUCUGCCAAGAAGAGAAGCUGAUCUCUGGGCUCUCCCGGCGGACCACCUGCUCGGACGUGGUGCGGGUACUACUGGAGGACAGUCACCACCGGCGGCCGGCGCUGCCCGAGCCUGGCGGCGGGAUGCUGUCGGGGCCGCCGCACUCGUACUGCAUCGUGGAGAAGUGGCGCGGCUUCGAACGGAUCCUGCCUAACAAAACGAAGAUCCUGCGGCUCUGGGUGGCGUGGGGGGACGAACAGGAGAACGUGCGCUUCGUGCUGGUGCGCAGCGAGGCUUCGCUGCCCAACGCGGGGCCGCGGAGCGCAGAGGCGCGGGUGGUGCUGAGCAAGGAGCGCCCCGGCCACGGCCUGGGGGCGGCCCGUGCCAGCCUGGCGCUCACUCAAGAGCGGCAGCGGCGGGUGGUGAGGAAAGCCUUCCGCAAGCUGGCCAAGAUAAACAAGAGGCGGCAGCAACCGCUGGCCCGGGAGGCCUCGGCGGCGGAAAGGAUGGAGACGCUGGUACACCUGGUCCUCUCGCAGGACCACACCAUCAGACAGCAGAUUCAGCGGCUCCGCGAGCUAGACCGGGAGAUCGACCGCUACGAGGCCAGGAUCCACCUGGACCGCAUGAGGCGGCACGGCGUCAACUACGUGCAGGACACCUACCUGGUGGGGUCCGGCGGCGGGGAGCCGGAACCGGCCCGGGAGCCGAGCGGAACAGCUCAGCCAGUCGCCGGCCGCCCCGAGGAGGACUACGCCAGGAAGUGCGAGGAAGUGCUGCAGCUGCAGGAGCAGCGGGCGCAGCAGGAGGAGCUGCUGGAGCACCUGGCCGCCGAGAUCCAGGAGGAACUCAACGAGCGCUGGAUGAAGCGGCGGCGGGAGGAGUUGGAGCUGGCGGCGGGGCCCGGGCUGGCCGAGGCGGACCGCGACACAACGGAGUUGAGCGGCGGCGGGGAAGGCGAGCUGCACCUGGAGCACGAACGGGUGAAGACCCAACUGAGCACCAGCCUCUACAUCGGCCUCAAGCUGAGCACGGACCUGGAGGCCGUCAAAACCGACCUGGACUACACGCAGCGGGCGUGGGAGGACAAGGAGCGGGAGCUGCAGCGCCUGCUGGAGACGCUAGGCACGCUGGACGUGGCGGAGGCGCCGGCGGAGCCCCGCGGGGCGGCGGGCGGGGGACGGCCGGGAGCGGGGGGCAGCGCGGGCGGGUGGCUGGAGCAAGCGCGCUCUCUGCGCAAGGACCGCGCCGACAACGACGAGGACUCGGACACGGGGCUGAGCUCCAUGCACAGCCAAGACUCGGACUCGGUGCCCGUCUGCGAGUCUCUUGUUUAGCGCCCGCCCACCCCGUCGGGCCCCGCAGCUCCCGGGAACGGAGGGCGGACUCCGGCCCGAUUCGCAGCGGAACCGGGCACGGUGCGGGUCCAACCCGC